GAGUCUUUAGGAGGGAAAAAGGAAGUCGAUUUCUUUUACUGAAUCCCUGUAAAAUCUCCAAAUUCUUUCAUAUUCCCAUAAUGGACUUCGCUCAGCCUCCUGUUGAAAAUUAUGCCAACCCCAAGACAUGUUUCUUUCAUGUUCUCUUCAAGGCUGCGGCGUUGGCCUUUUACAUUCUUUCCACUCUCUUCUUCAACAGCUUUGUGAUCAUAUUUGUGGUGACUGUCCUCCUUUCUGCUCUUGAUUUUUGGGUGGUUAAGAAUGUCAGUGGCCGUAUAUUGGUUGGUUUGAGGUGGUGGAACGAAAUUAAUGAUCUCGGUGAGAGUGUAUGGAGAUUUGAAUGUCUUGACCAAGAGUCAUUGGCCCGGAUGAACAAGAAAGAUUCGUGGCUAUUUUGGUGGACCCUUUACCUUUCAGCAGUGGCCUGGAUUGUGCUUGGAAUAUUCUCUCUCAUAAGGUUUCAGGCUGAUUAUCUCCUCGUUAUCGGAGUUUGUUUGACUCUCAACAUUGCAAAUAUCGUCGGCUUCACCAAAUGCCAGAAAGAUGCCAAGAAGCAGAUUCAACAGUUCGCCACCCAGACCAUUGCAUCAAGAUUUUCUUCCACCAUACAGUCAGCCUUUAGUGUUGUCUGAAACAGUCGAUAUUAGUGUACGAGAAUGAAAUGAAAAGUCGAUAUUAGUGUACGAGAACGAAACGAAACAGAUGCCAUUUUUGGGGUUUUUUUAGUGGUACAUCUAUUGCUUUUGUAUAAUGAAUCACACAUUAAAAGUUUGUGAUGAGGAUGUUCCUUAACUUGCAAGGAACAAUGAAUGACCUAUAAAUACAGUCUUCCCUGAGAUAAAACAUUUUCCAUUUG